AUGGGAUUUGGAAGUCGACCUGCCGUGGUCAUAUACGGCUGCUCGGGUUAUAGUCGACCUGCCGUGGUCAUAUACGGCUGCUCGGGUUAUAGUCGACCUGCCGUGGUCAUAUACGGCUGUUCGGGUUAUAGUCGACCUGCCGUGGUCAUAUACGGCUGCUCGGGUUAUAGUCGACCUGCCGUGGUCAUAUACGGCUGCUCGGGUUAUAGUCGACCUGCCGUGGUCAUAUACGGCUGCUCGGGUUAUAGUCGACCUGCCGUGGUCAUAUACGGCUGUUCGGGUUAUAGUCGACCUGCCGUGGUCAUAUACGGCUGCUCGGGUUAUAGUCGACCUGCCGUGGUCAUAUACGGCUGCUCGGGUUAUAGUCGACCUGCCAUGGUCAUAUACGGCUGCUCGGGUUAUAGUCGACCUGCCGUGGUCAUAUACGGCUGCUCGGGUUAUAGUCGACCUGCCGUGGUCAUAUACGGCUGCUCGGGUUAUAGUCGACCUGCCAUGGUCAUAUACGGCUGCUCGGGUUAUAGUCGACCUGCCGUGGUCAUAUACGGCUGCUCGGGUUAUAGUCGACCUGCCGUGGUCAUAUACGGCUGCUCGGGUUAUAGUCGACCUGCCGUGGUCAUAUACGGCUGCUCGGGUUAUAGUCGACCUGCCGUGGUCAUAUACGGCUGUUCGGGUUAA